AUGGAUGCCGGAGGAGUAGCUAGAUUGAUGCUGUUUUUGUCGCCUGUGUUUACGAUUAUACCAGUGGAGGGUCGGAGGAUUGUCGAUCUUUCCUACGAUUUGGACAACAAUGCUUUGACGUAUCCCAAUAAUCCUCGCUUCAACCUUACCCUCGUACAUGAGGGAUCCUACGGAAUCGUCCCAUGGUUGCAGUUUGGGAAUGUGGAGUUCGGUGUACACACUGGCACGCACAUCGAUUCUCCGAACCACUUCGUUAAGGGGGGUCUACAGGCACAUCAGAUCAGUAUGGAACGGUUAAUGGGGCCAGGGGUGGUCAUCAAUGUCAAGGCCAAGGUCGUUCAAAACAUAGACUAUGAGAUCACUGAUAAAGACUUAAUGGCUUGGGAGGAAGAGAACGGUCCAAUUCCCAAGGGCGCCAUUGUACUAAUGAACUCUGGCUGGGGUGCAAGAUAUCCUGAUUUUGAGCGAGUCUUUAAUUCUUCAACAUACAAACAGGACCAUUCAUCUCUUCAUUUUCCAGGAUUUCACACGAACGCUGCUCAAUGGCUAAUCAACAAACGAAAUAUAUAUGCAAUCGGAGUUGACACACCCUCGGCUGACAACGGCAGAAGCUCUUCUUUUCCAGUCCAUCAACUGAUAACGAAAGAAAAUAUCCUUAUUAUUGAAAACGUUGCGAAUAUGGACAAACUUCCAAGCAGUGGAGCAUAUAUCUAUCUCCCCAUGCUCAAGUUCAAAGGAGCGUCAGGUGCGCCUGCGCGAAUGUUCGCCGCCAUUGAAGACGAGGGAGACAGAACAAACAGUGCAACAUCCUUCGUCUUUCAUGUUUCGGCUGUUGGAUGCUUGCUCGUGCUAAAACGCCUACUUAUCUAA